AUGAGACCCAAAGACCCGAUACCGGCAACGGAACAAUCAGCAGUGGUCUACAGCAUACCGUGCCAAAAUUGCAAUGCACGGUAUGUUGGUGAAACGGGGAAACGCCUCUGCACAAGACUGCAUGAGCACCAGCUUGCAGUCAACCGCGAGGAUAGACUGUCACUGGUAUAUGGCCAAAUGCAACAGGAGAAACAUAGUUUCGCCUUUGGUGAAGCAAGUGUCCUCGGUCGAGCCCAUGACAAGAUGGCUAGGCUGGUGCUCGAAAACUGGUCCUCAGUUGGCACAAUCAACAGGGCUAUUGAUCUUCAUCCGGCCUACCAGGCGCUGCGUACAAGGCUCCAGUCAGUCCAGACGGGGCCAACAGUAUUGGCGGGCGAGUCGCGGCUCCGCCAACAGUUGUUACCUUCACAGCAGGGGGAAGGAGCCAGCCGGAGGUCACACGACCGACGCGAGACAUCGCCCCACCGGCGCGCCCAGACAGCCGAGCGUGAUUCGCGCAUGCAACGGCAGCUGAUCAGUCCAUCCGAUUAUGAGGUGAGGGCCCAUGGGCACACAGGAUUUGCAGCAAUUACGACAGCCGGUCAGGGGGCAGAGGUCACAGGAGCGCGCCAUUGGCCGCCCGCGGAGGAACCAACGCCAAUCCCCAGCCAGAAGGCAGGUCAGAGUUCGUGCGUCAGGCAUGCCUAUAACACAAGACAGGCGGCGAGGCAGAAAAACUUCGAGCAAACAGGAACAGACACCCCACCACUCUGAUGAUGUAAACGAGGAAGUUUCCGAAACGUCAGCACCAAUAUAUAUAUCGAUAUGCGUAAAGAUUCGAGGUCCAGACAUUGUAUCGCGUUCAUCAUCUCCCGAAGAAGACGAAGAAGAAGGGAGGGCGAAUUCAUGGACCAUAUUGUAUUCGAACUGACGUUUCGGAAACUUCCUCGUUUCCAUCAUCAGAGUAGCGUAGUUGUUGCACUUGCCGAUCUUGAAUUGUUCAGUCUUGCCGCUUGCCUCGUAUUAUAGCCGUGCUGGACGCACGAACUUUGACCUGCCUGUUUGCCGCUGACUGGCUUAGACCUCCCCGGGGCUGACCGCUGACAGGCCUGCUUGACCUUUGUUCCCUUUGGGGUCGGCGUAAUUGUAGUCAGAUCAACGUGCCGGUUGGCCUCUCCCACGCCAGCCGUUGGACUGAUCGGUCGUUGCUGUUCAGUGGAGCAGCAUUCAGCUUCGCGGGCGCAUCGGUGAGGCAGUGUUCGGCUUUGGUCACAUGACCUCUGGCCCCCAAUUCCGCUCUUUUCCAUGAGCGUUGACUCUCGGUCCCGCGUGCUCGCUUGCCUUACUGGUCCUGUCCGGACUGAUCCGAGCCUUGUACGCAGCGCCUGAUAGGCGGGAUGUAGAUCUAUAGCUCGGUUGAGUGCACCAGCCGAGGACCAACUUUCGAGCACCAGUCUGGCCAUCUUCUCAUUGGCUCUGCCAAUUACCCUCGCCUUCUCAAAGGCAAAAUCAUGGUUCAGUCCUCUUAUGUGGCCAUAGACCAAAGACAGCUUGUCCUUGCGGUUGAUUGCAAGUUGGUGUUCGUGCAAUCUUGUACCGAGGCGUUUGCCCGUUUCACCAACAUACCUCGCAUUGCAAUUUAGGCAUGGUAUGCUGUAGACCACCUCCGACUGUUCUGUUGUUGGUAGCGGAUCUUUGGGCUUCAUGAUUUGCUGUCUGAUGGUGCAUUCUGGUUUAUGAGCCACGCCAAUCCCAAAAGGUUUCAGGAUUCUUGCCGUUGCCUCUGAUACGUCCUUCACAUAGGGUAUUGAGAGCCAGAACUUGGGCCUUUCUCCAAUCGACCGCUCAAAAUGAGGCUUUUUGAGGCAAUUGCGUAUGAAGGACUUCGGGUAGCCGUUGGCUUUAAAAAGGGCCUGUAAGUAAUUCAUCUCCUCCUUCCUCCCACUGUCGUCGCUACAGUGUGUUUGAACGCGUUGAANGGCGUUCUUAGGGAAAAGGUACUUUAUUGCGUGAAUUUUCUACGCCGGUUCCCCAGGCCGUCGUCAGAAGCAGACUGAGAUUAAAUGUGUCGGCAACAGUUAAUAUCUGACAGUGUACAUAAAAAAUCGAUAAUCUUUCGCGUUAGCGCCCGUGGGCGGCCGCUAUUUGCGUCAUUUCGUCCGAAUUGGCUCUCGUCUCUUCCAUUUCUCCUGGAGACUUUUGUACGCGGCGUCCAACUCGAUAUGACGGUUGAUGCAAGCAAUAAAGUACAUUUUCCCAAAGAACGCCCCUUCCUUCAACUUAUAUUUCAUGCGAUGCCUACCUUCCAAUACAUAAUAUAUACAUAUAUAUUCAAUCAGGAAUGGGCGCACACCGGUCUGUUGUCUUCACGAAGCAAACAAGCGCCGUAUGAGUUACAUUCUCUAUCUUUCCUUCUCGCUGCUAUUAUGACUUGGUGGACUUCAUCCUGGUAGUUGGUUGCCUGUUCGUGACCGUUGCCAACCAUACGGAGCUUUUUUGCUUCGGGAAGCCAAUAGAUCAGUGUGUGCCCAAUCCUUAUCGAAUAAAUACCUGAUCUACAGCGACGGAGAAUGACAGGUUUCGAGGCACCGAUGAACUUCGGUCCAAUGAAGUGCUUAAAACCCAUCUGGUUGACCCCAGUAAUGGACCAACUGCGUCAGGUGUGCCUGUGCGCAUGUUUGUGUUUCUGGUACCAACUGCUGGUCAGGGUUAUGAUUGGCUGAAUGAAAGCAAAAUAAGCCCAAAACAGUACUGUAUCAAUCUACCCGCAUUCUCUGUCCUCCGUCUUCGAUGCUAUUUAUAUGUAUAUAUGUGUAUAUAAUAGUUGAGAAUGGCUCAUUGAUCAUUUUUACGGAAUUCACUCGUUCCGUUGUGCCUUAGUGCUCUCUCUCCAGCCAAACCAGCAGCCGCACAAUGGCGCAUGAUAUAGGCAGGUGUUCCACACUUCGGGGUUAGAUAUUACUGGCCGACGGCGUUUGUUGAGUCAUAAAUGGCCAUUCCAGUCUCCCUUGUCGUUGACGGUCAUGCUGCUCUACCUAUAUCAUGCUCCGUUGUGCGGAUGUUGGUUUUGCUCGAGAGAGCGAGAGCCCUAAGGCACAACGAGACGAGAGAGUUCCGUAAAAUCCAUCGGUGAGUGCCCCUCUACCAUUAUAUAUAUAUAUAUAUCCCUCCUAAUUUGGAAAUCGGCAUGAACAUUUUAACCGACUUUCCCUAAGAGGUGUUUUCAACAGCUGAAUAUUGCUAUGAGUAAAUGUGAAAAACAUCGGACACUUAUACGUCAUUAAGUUUAUAAGAUCAUCUCGACUGUUUCACAACUGCCUUUGCAGUUGCUUACAGCUUAGAAUGAAACUUAACCUUUUAUCCCGCCCCGGAGCUAUUCUGGCCUGGUCCCUACUGCUAACCUGCAGGCAGUGAAUUCAGUGGUACAACCAGCAUACAUUUUACCCUAGUACUCGAGUUCAUAUCACUUCUUCUAUACGAGCGAAAGCCCAUUUUAUUUGCAAGAAACACCCGGGCUUCACAUUGAAUGGAAUAACUGUAAUCUAAGGUAGUGAAACUUUAAAUUCUAUCCAGACAGGCAACCAAGCAUGUUUUCGAAUACGAUUGGGAAAUGUUCCCUUCAAGCCAAAGACACCUUUUGCCCCAUACCACUGUCCAACUACUUUGCUGUCUUUUUCUGUCUACUGUGUGGUGCAAGAGAGUAGAGAGUACUGGCAGGUUUUCCGUCUUUUUCGGAGGACAAGAGUAAUAUCAACAGGGGCCAAAGACAUGACAACUGUUUAUUGAGGUGGGAUGCGUUUGGGGUAGCGUCAAACUCGGCAUUUCGAUCCGACAGGAGCGGUGGGGUAGAGCCCGUUACUUGGGGGUGAAUCAUCAUCAGCUGGGACAGCGAGGGUAACGUCUACCAGCUUUCUCCGUAUUUUUCCUCAAGCCGGUAAAUUCUGUUGCGGACGGACAUGGCGGCGCUAAUGGUGACGGUUUGGUGCCAGUGGCGAAGGUGAAGGUGGUGGUGGUGGUGGUGGUGCUUUAGCGCAGCUGGCAACCGAACCUGCGUUUAAGGAACCGUUCCGGAACGAUUGCAGACUGAGCGCGAAAAGGUACUCCGCGUGUCAAGUGUACGUUGGCAACAGUUGGUUUUUUGCACCGCCAAAUUUGCCGAGACGCGUAUAGGCGAGAAGUAAGGACAAUUCCACCGGAUAGCAGAGUCUGGUUCCAUUGGUCGAAGGUGGUCUGUUUAAUCAUUUAGUUUGAACAAACGUUAAAGUGCACAUGCAACGUAGAUUCAUAACUGGCUACUCCAUCAGCGCUGGGCGAGGAAGUGCGGACGUUAUAUGAGUGCCGAUCUGACAACGCAUUUCCUUCCGACAGAAGCUGCAGAGUCGAACAUCGAAGUUCUUCAAAUAUUUUGGCCGUCCAUUAGACGCAAGCGCGUGUGCGCCAUAGAGGCUAUCUGUCUUUUGUUGAAUUACGUUAAAGUGGAAUAACUGUAUGUAGUUUAUUAGAUAUGCGAGUUCCAGCCUGCAAAUUCAAAUGAAUUUCCGUGGUCAGGAUUGGCAAUCGACCAAUCGUAAUUAGUUCCAAAGAUUUUUACUCAUUAAUUUGCAUCGCACGUCACUUAGCUAUGACAGACGCAUUUUGCCGGAAAAUAGGAGUAGGAAGCUAGUGAAUCAUUCUAUGAAGAUAUAUUUAUGUGAACAAUUAGAUACCUCGAGAAAUCCACUCAGAACUAGGUCAAGUUCUUUGGGAACGAGUCAAUGCGUAUCCUGCUGAUUUGCUAAAAUCUUUUCUCGAAGAACUUUAGAUUUCCCAGUAUGUGCAUAUAUGUAAACGACGACAUAGAUAAUUAAGUAUACAUGAAAUUACGGAACGAUUUUCUGCAAUCGGAGACCAGCCCACACGCAUGGCACGGAACUUUCCAUUAAUAGUGAGCGCUCUUCAGUCAAAUGAGAACAUAUAAGGUGUACUGAAAGUAAUACUGCAUUGUCCAAAUACAAUAAGUUUAUUUAAAAAGUGGAAAUGUGGACACCAUGACAGUUUGCAUCAAAUGAGUUGACUUAAUUAAAGGAAUUAUAUAAUGGAUGUACAUAUGAUAGAUCGAUCAAGUAAGACUUAAUAUGCGAAACGGAGUUUAAAUGAACCCCUUUGAUGAUAGUUCUCAGCAUUAGGGCUGUAACAGGUUACUCAAGUGCCUCACACUUGAUUAUGUGCUUUAAAAGGGUUUUGAGACAACUUUAUGCGGUGUGAGGCCAAGAAAAAAACGUUUACAUAAGGUUACAUAUUCAGAGGUCCGUUGUUGACUCAGAUAUUGGAAUAUAAUUUGCAUGCGCAGUCUUAACCGCGCCGUAUUUUUUGCUUUAAAAAACAUUUUCCCUGUUUCUGGCAACAGUAGAGUCCCUUGAAUCGCAUGGCAUCUUCAAAAUAUCAGAGCUUUUAAACGUGUGCCAGAAAUGGUAGCUUCUGUUACCUAUAGAUAUCAGAAUAUUCUAAGUAAUACAGAUGCUGAGGACUUUGGCUAUGUUAUUUUUAUGCCCAUGAAGGGUUGGGUCGUAUUUGAAAAUCAAUUGGACACGAAUUCUAAGUGCCAAUGGAAAAAGAUGUUCACAAAAAAUUCUUCGAUUGUUAGGUUGUUGAGUAUUUUUUUAAUGUGCUACCUCACAACGUGCCUUAUUAGUAUAUUUUGACCAUGUGAAUCUUUUUUAAGACAAAGUCAAAGAAAACAGCAGGACAUUUCUUCCGGUUCCAAAAAAUGCUUGUCACUUUUCAAACGGGGAUGGACAUUCCCCUUUCCAUUUAUGUGGAAACAGUUUUCGUUCUUGUAAGCGGACUACAGAGUGGCCAUGUAUGUAUCGAGGUAGACCUCAGCCAGUUAGGUCUGCCCUUGAUCAAUUUCCGAGUUUCAGAUUAGCCGAUACUAAGCCUCACAAAGACGCAUUUGUCAUAUUCUUAGAAAUUGAAAUUGGGACUUGGGUGUAGGUCUUUUUGCUCUUACUCAUUGAAUUAUUGCAUAUACACGGAAAGCACAUGUGUGCUAUGGCAGGAGGUUGCGCCCACAUGUUUCUACUGUUUUUUGGGACAUAAAAUUCCAUAGCAGUAAAAUUUAGAAUUUCUGAAGAAGAAAUAACGUCUGCCUUUCUGCAUACAGCGUGGGCCAGUGCAUCUUUACCUAUUUUACGCUGAAUGAAAAAUCCACUUUUAUGUCGACAGUGGUAAUUUCGGUAAAUGUUUCUUGAUCUGAUUCAUGUUCUUUAUUAGAUAAAAAUACAGUUACUUAUAGAUGUGAUCUAGGACAGUUACUAGCAUCUAUACUUGUCUAAGUGUGCACAACAUCCAUUUUGGCUCAAAAACUGAAAAGCAAUUCGUCGUCAAAAUAACCUACACACAUUUCCUAAAUGAUUAAAAGGCACUUCCAGUAUGCUUUCAGUCAAUAAAAGAAGUGUGUAUCGCUCGAGGUGUUACAGAACUGCUCAUCCACAUUUUGGGCAUCGCGCUGAAUGAUUGUUUCCAAAAUAAAGUCCUGUAAUUUGUUGGAAAGACCCUUCUAGUUGCAUUCCCUAAAGUGCGCAGAAAUAUAAGUUUUUACAAGGUCACUAUUUAUUGGCCUAUCUUGGACUAACAGUCGCAAGGCCGUUAGCGGAUUCAAUCAGAAGGUAGUAUUUUUUCGGCGUCUUAGCAGUAUUCACAUUUUAAAAAAUGGUUGCUUUCUUACGAACGAUGGAGUAGAUUGGGCUUUAACCCUCGUCGAAAUGUCAGCGAAGGUUUUGUGAUUUUUCAAUAUCCUCAGUCGACUGUGUAAAAGGAUGAUUCCGGUGGUCUUCAGUCACCAAUCCUUCUAAAAAGACAUUUCUUGAAAAAUAUGUCUACACAGAAUUUUAAUUCGCUAUGCUUCUGCAGAAUACGGUUGAAGUGGUAGUAAGGGUCUCACGUAUAUGUAGAAUAUAAUCACCACAGUAAACAGUUGUCCAUAGCAUAGAUAUGCGAUGAAAACUAUCCCACUUAAAUGAAAAACGCUUAUAAGAUUUUCCCUGUAUAAAGCGUUUUUCUAAGAUGCUUUUCAGUUAAAUGUUCAAAUAACUCAUCCCCUUUCGAUACAAAGUCGAUAGGCCAUUGAAAUAUUUUGCUCGUAUUCUUCGUUUCUGCUUUAAACGAAAAAACUCUUCCAUCUUCAGCUCGGCAGCCUUUUCGUAUUUUUGUCUGAUCCUUCGCCGCCAAAAUACUGAAAACAGUCUCAAACGGCUGAUUUGGUGUCUUGUCUGUUCAUAAAUUACACAGUAGACAAGAGCAAGUUGCAAGCAAAGUGCACUGCAUUAUAUUUUAAUUUUUACAUUGCCUUCUACGGGUGGCUCAUUUGCGGUUGUCUGUGCCACAUUUACGUAUGGAAACUGCGGGCUUGGUUAAGCAAGUGGUUUCAUUUCAUAUGUUUGCUGACUUUUGCGGGUUAGCAAUAUAAACACUAAAAAUCAGUAUUUAUGAGAAUAAUGAAAAUUCCCUUCUUGCUAAAGAUGACAUAUUUACCUAAAUCUCGCCUCAUUUUAUUUACUUUGACAGAAGAAUGAAGCUUUUCUCUAGCGGAAUUUGUUUCGUUGAAUAAUUGUCGUUCAAGUUGAUAUCUGCACUAGAGGAACGCAGGUAACUGAGUAGAUAUGUUAUAGUACGGUUCGUAACAUAAAGAAGUCAAACUAUAAAGUAAGGCUAAUUUCUGUUAAAACCACUGUGCAUGUCAUUAAAAACCGUCUCAGAAAUUUAUUACGUCUGGGAAGAAACACUUUUGCUUUAAACGCAAAGCUAAAUGGCAAAAGCUUCAGUGAGCUACCGGGAACUGGUAAUCCGGAUCUCGAUCAUUAUAUCCCAUCACUCUCAUUGCUUAAUCUAUCACGCCACGGCAGUUCGACUGUUGAGAACGACAACCACCGUGUGAUCCACAGCAUUGUGGGAUCACGACGGUGGUUUGUGCGUUAAUUAAUUUACAGCUGUAGCAGACUUUCGCGGCAUCUACUGCACUCUCUUCUCCCUCGACCUCCUGGGCCAGGUGACUAGACAGAGGCACAACGACCGUAAGCGGACUCAAGCGCGGUGGUUAACAAAAGGGAACAACUCGGCUACGCGUACAAUACACGCCUGGUCAGCAUAGGAUGGGCGUGGGUUGGAAUUGGAAUGCUAUAGAGGCCACAUUGAGAGGGAGCCACUAAAGCUGGGUUUCCUAUCCUGGGAGUAUCGCGUUAAUUGGUUAGUUGGCAGUCACCGAAGCCACGCAUUUUAGUGCGUAGUGAUAGUUUCAAAGCGCGUUUCAAAGUGCUGUGGGAAUGAAAGUCCCCAAGUGAACCUCAUCCACUCAGUCUUCUCCCGUGCACUAGCCCGCUGUCUGAGCCGGUCAGCCAUUUGAUGCUGGGAUUGAGUGCAAUUAGCUGGCGUGGCGUGCACCCGCGUCUAGGCGUCGCAUUUGUUAAGGGAUGCGCGAUCCUGUACAGCCUUACUAACGCGUACCGUGCCCCACUUCGGUUCCCGUGUUGUUCCAGCGCAUCAGUCGCGUGGCCUGUUGUCCCAGAAACCAGAGGUUUGCAACUACUAUUUAUGCAUAGAUGGACGAGUCUGCUCAGUGGCCUGAUCGGUGAUCGACCCAACCACCAUUUACAAACGUAACGUGUACGCAUACAAAUGAUGGAUAUUCUGCGAUAAACAAGGCUGGGUGACGAGGCACUAGUGGAGUUCGCUUCGAUGAACGGUUUGUAAUGCAUUUGAUGGACACUGACUGAUUCAUCUGUAUUGUGCGCGUAGGCGUGUAUGUGGUUCUGAUCCCAGAUGGUGGUCAGGGUAUAAGGGGGUGAAUGAUGUCCGGAUCGGACGGGGCCCCUGAUGAGAUCUAAAAGCACGGUGGCCCCCAACUGAUGAAACACAUGAUGGCGCUCUUUCAGGAGAUGUGGCAUCAAGGAAAAGUUCCUCACGACUUCAAGGACGCCACAAUCGUCCACCCAUACAAGCGGAAACGGAACUGGGUGGGGCGAGGUGGGCUGGUGGAAUAACUUCUGCGGUAAUUUAUAGCGGUUCAUCUUGCAAGUUCAUAUCAUCGAAUCCUCGCGCCCACCCUCUCCGGUCUCAUGUCCUCUGCCAUGCUAACGGACGUCUACCGUUACGAACGCCCUGAGAUCCUCAUCGCCUACAGGACGGACGGCCAACUCCUCAACCACCGGCGGAUGCUCUUACAGUCGCGUGUAUCCACAACCACCGUCCACAAACUUCUCUUCGUCGACGACUGCGUCCUGAACACCACCUCUGAAGGGGACAUGCAAAGGAGCAUGAAUCUCUUCGCCGCCGCCUGCGACGGCUGCGGCCUGAUCAUCAACACGGAGAAGACUGUGGUUAUGCAUCAAGCGCCACUCGACGAUAACUACCUCGCACACCAAAUCAACGCGAACGGCGCCCAAUUGCAAGGCGUAAACGACAUCACCUACUUUGGCACCACCUUUUCUCGCAACAGUAGAAACAGAGAUGAAGUGGCCCGCUGA